AUGCUUCAGGUUGUUGAGACGAACGAGUUUGGAAGGGUGAAACCUUGUCAAAUGCAUGAUAUUGUACGUGAAGUGGCCUUAUCCUUAUCAGAUGAAGAGAAGUUCUGCAUGAUAUAUGAUGAGAAGCAAGCAAGGCAAGAAAGCAAAGUCCGCCGCAUGUCAAUCUACAGUAGUGGAGAAAUUAUUCAAUCUACGGCAGGGGAACUGAAGUUAGGGAGCUUCCCGAAUCUUUAUGGAAGCUACAGAACCUUCAAACACUGGAUCGUCGGGAAUACGAAGCUAGAGAGGCUACCCAGUGGGAUUGUGAAGCUACAGAAACUACGACACCUGUAUAUAUAUCGAAUUACUGACGAGUUCUAUAAUGAUUUUGAUUACUUAAGUAGCAUCCAAAUUCCUAUAAGAAUAUGUAAUUUAAUAAGUUUACAGACUCUACGGGAUAUCGAAGACAAAGAAGGGGAGAUUGUUAGAAAAGUUGGGAACUUAACCCAACUGAGAAAUCUUAGCAUUUCUAAGGUCAGAGAAAUCGAUGGAGCUGAGUUGUGCAAUUCAAUCGGAAAGAUGAAACACCUUCUGAAGUUGACUGUGAGGGCAACUGGAGAGGAAGAAAUACUUCAAUUGGAAGCACUCUCUCCUAACACUCCACCGCUUCUUCAAAAGCUUUACCUGAAGGGCCGUUUGGAGAAGGUGCCUCGAUGGCUUAGCUCCGUUGUGAACCUCACCCAUUUGUCGUUGAAUUGGUCAAAGUUGGGAGAAGAAGAUCCCCUUUCAUCACUCCAAGCAUUGCCUAAUCUGAUGUACCUUUGUCUUCAAAGGGCCUAUGAAGGGCAGCAGUUGUAUUUCGGCGAUGGACGGUUUACUAAGCUCAGGGUACUUUAUUUACGGGAUAUGAAACAACUAAAUCGGAUAGUAAUAGAAAAGGGAGCAUUGGCAAGCAUCCCGGAGCUAAUUCUGAUCAACUGUGGAGAGUUGAAGACUCUUCCAGAGGGGAUUGAAUACCUCACCGGACUCCAACAGUUCCUCUUAGGGGACAUGCCAACGGAGUUGACAGAUAGGUUGAAACUAAAAGAUGGAAGCGAGGAGGACCGUAGAAAGGUAGGGCACAUCCCCUUCAUCCUGCGUGGACAGCGGACAGAAGCGGAUGGAUUGAUCACGGAACGACUCAACUAG